GAGUGUAUAUAUACCGCUGCACGGAGCUAGUAAAAUCAGUUUAUUCCUAGCGUUCCAAGAUGUACCAAGUGUUUUCUUUCCUCGCCGCUGUGAAUCUCGUCGUGCCGAAGGUGCGUCUGCCCGUGGAGAUGUGGUCCACCAUUUUUCGGUUUUUGGAUCCUUCAUCCCUCCUGAACGUCGUUCGGACUGAUGGUCUAUGGAGGGAAAUCAGUCACGGAGACCCAGUUUUGCGGAGAACAGUCCAAGAAGAACUGGCUGCCGAACGUCGAAGACGUCACGAAGAGAUUCUGAAUCCGGGCUUGCUGAUGACCAUUGAGCGUCAAGGACCAACGAAGCUGUUUGGUACCAAUGGUACGAAAACGGUUCGUUGUAAAGCCCCAACCGUCGUCCAACAACCACCCGUUGAAUUUAUGCGACCUGUUGAGAAAACCAAGCGACGAGGGCCACAACGAGGCGCGAAAAUUGAUCGGACUCAUACUCGUAAAUUAUUAAGAUUGUAAAAUACUUUUUUAUAAAAAAAUAAUAAAACAUAUAAAAAUUA